AUGUUGUUUGAAAAUUUCCACAAUGUCAUAGAUGAUCUCACUGUGGGAUACCCAGUCCUUCCAAGUGAGAAACUAUAUAGCAGUCUUAAUAAUUUCUUGACAGGGUCGACUCUCUGGGUCCACUUUAAGAAGACCCAUGGAAUUGCCCAGGCCAUCAAGAGGCGCAUCUGGAAAGCUACCAAAUAUUUGAAAGAUGUCACUCUGCAGAAGCAAUGUGUGCCCUUCCCAUGUUACAAUGGUGGCAUUGGUACGUGUGCCCAGGCCAAACAGUGGGCUUGGACCCAGGGUCGGUGGCCCAAAAAGAGUGUGGAAUUUUUGCUGCACAUGCUUAAGAAUGCAGAGAGUAAUGCUGAACUUAAGGGUGUAGAUGUGGAUUCUCUGGUCAUUGAGCAUAUCCCGGUGAACAAAGCCCCCAAGAUGCGCCGCCGGACGUACAGAGCUCAUGGUCAGAUCAAGCCACACAUGGGCUCCCCCUGCCACGUGGAAAUGAUCCUGACUAAAAAGGAACACAUUGUUCUUCAACCAGAAGAGGAGGUUGCACAGAAGAAAAAGAUCCCCCAGAAGAAACUGAAGAACCACAAACUUACGGCUUGGGAAUAA